AAGCAGUAUCGGGAAGACCAGUCUGCAUUGAAGAUGUUCUCGAAACUCAGUAAAAUGCGUACGAGAGAUGAGUCUCUGGGUGUUGGUGAGACCAUGAUGGGAAGGCUUAUUGAUGGCGGAGCUUACACUAUCACUCGAUUCCACCAACGUGACAAUGUCACCGAUGGAAAUAUUUACGUUGGAGCCGUCAAUUUCGCGGAUCACGCUAUUACACUGCCACUUAACGAUUUGCCCAACAAUGAUAAGCUCAAGAAAACUCAAGUAAGUAAUUUCUAA